AUGGAUUUCGACUUUCCCCUGAUCCCCCUCCUGCCAUUACCCAUUACCCUCGUGCCUGCUGCGACCUUUGCGGCUCUCGAGCACAACCAGAUUCAGAUUCAGCAGGCCUUCGCCUCCUCUGUCUCCAUCGGUCUCUCCAAGAACUCAGCCAAUGGUGGCGCCUCUGCAGGUGCCAACGGAAGCAACUCAACCAGCUCCUCCUUUUCGUCCUCCUCACUCUCCAGCUACCCCACAGGAGGACUGGCAGCUUCUUCGGACCAAGAACGACUCGGUGCGAUCGUCGAUGCUCUGGGUCAAGCCUCUGCCAAGGCGCAGGAACUUCCCACAUCUAUUACACAGACACUUCGACUGGCCAAGAAUCCAACCCAACGGGUCUAUAUCUUACGCACAGGACUGGAUAGUGGCGAGGAUCAAUGGCUGAACCAGCUUGAAAUUGGAUCGCCACUCAUGAAAGAGUCGCUCCGAAAAAGCGUCUCGGACCUGAAUGGUCCAUCCUUGUCCACCAUAGGUAACUCUAAUAGUGGCUGGGACUCGGAUACCGCAGGAACAUCAUCAACAGCCGUGUCAUCACGGGAAGAAGAGUCCAGGAGAAGUCAAAGAACUCGGAGCGAAGAGAAGGGAGUCUACGUCGCAGGAAUGCUUAAGAUUGGAGAGAAGAAGCUAUUCAUCGUGGACAAAUCGGGAACGAUGCAUGAGCAAGAAGUAUGCUGUGUUCUUGACUUUUACGUCGACGACUCAUGCCAGCGUCGAGGAUACGGGAAACUCCUCUUUGACUAUAUGCUCAAGGUCGAAAACAUCGAGCCCGCCCAGAUCGCCUAUGACAGGCCGAGCCCAAAACUCUACCGCUUCCUCAGCAAGUAUUUUCGGCUGGAGCGACAUCUCCCACAACCAAACAUGUUUGCAAUCUUUGAGGGCUUCAAGCUGUUGGACUGUGGAGAGAUUAUCCAGGUCAACGAUGACUAUUCGCUACCAGCAGUAGGACGAACCAGCGUCUCUUUUAUACCCAGCUCAUCAGCCUCUGACAACAGUAGCAGUAACAGUGGCACGGUCAACAACAGUAAUAGCGGAACGAGCGGAACUAGGACGCCCACAAUAUCUCGAGCGCUGCAGUCAUCUGUCGUUUUCAGUUCAGGCGCGCCAGCAACGGACUCUAUCAAUAUUCAAGCCAACCGGCGCGUGUCGUCUGCGUUUUCAUCCUCCAUUUCUUUGUCUGCUGGUACGGAUGCAGGUUCAAUCCCAAUCGCACCGACCACCAGGCCGCAGCAGACACAGACAGGCGGACCACCAUCAGGAGCCAGGAUAUCCCGGUUGCUUGCAUCAUCCAUUAAGUUUGCAGACCCUAUUGUUUCGACCGACUAG